AUUUAAGAGAACUAUAGUAUAGUACAAUAUCCCAUGAGAAAUAUCAGAGAGAUUGAAAGAGCGCGAUUUCAUUUUCCCGAGAUUUUUUUUUAGUGGCAAAAUUUUCAGAUUUUCCCUCUCAAACUUUUUCGAACUUUUUCAUCUUUCCCUCUUCUUUUCCAUAUCAAAACCCUAAUUUUCUUUCACUUUCUCAUAAUUUAAAUUCUCUGAAUCUAAAUUUUCUCUCAAGAAAUUCUCAUCUUUGAAACCUAAUUUUCAAUGUCUUGUUCAAAUUCUCCAGAAGGAGUUGAAAAACAAGAGAAUCAAAUGAAUUCAUCUUCAAUGGUGAAUUCAAUUUCCGAAACAGUUGAAACUGCUCAACCUGGUUCUCCGUUGCCUGAUUGUGACGGAGUUUUCGUUCAACCUGUUCCUCUAAUUGACGACUCUCCUCCGCCGUUAACCGACGGUGUUCAGGAGGGAGAUCCAAGGCAGUCAGUUACUUAUGAAGUCAACAAUGGUGCUGAUUCGUCUUUGAUUUGGCCGGAGGCGGUGGAUCGCCAGGAGUGUCGUCCUCUGAAUUCGUCGCGGGUUUUGGCUGUGCAGCCGGAGGCUUGGGUACCGGCGGAUUCUGCUGAUGAUAGUUGGGUGUAUGAGGAUCUUUUACAGGAUUUAAUUUAUGAAUCUGAUUCUAAAGCUGUACCGUCGAUAAUUGGCGCUGGGUUUGCCAACCUUGGUAAUACAUGCUUUCUCAAUUCAAUUAUGCAAUGCUUCACGCAUACGGUGCCCCUAUUGGAAUCUAUUAUUGAUUGCAGCCACUCAUAUGAAGAUCGUCAUAAUGGGUACUGUGUUAUUUGUGCUUUCCGCUACCAGAUGGUACAUUCCUUGCAGUCUACUGGAAGAGUCGUCUCGCCUUAUAUACUUGUGGAUAAUUUGCAUCAUUUUAAUAAGAGUUUUAGAAGAUAUCAGCAAGAGGAUGUACACGAGUUUAUGACGUGUGCAUUGGAUGAACUUGAUUCAUGUUUUUUAAAUCUGAAGAAGAAUAAUCCAAAUUUUGAGGACGAUAAUAUUGUUAAGAAAGUUUUUGGUGGCAGUCUGGUUAGCAAGCUCCGAUGUUGUAACUGUGGUCGCUCUUCUGACACUGAUGAUCCAAUUAUUGACUUGAGCUUACAAUUAGGAAAUGUAGAUGCUCUUUCAAGUGCUUUAGAAUGUUUCACUAUGGUGGAAAACAUGGACGGAAAGUUUAAAUGUGAGGGCUGCAACGAGGAAGUGUCUAAGGAGAAACGGCUUAUGUUGGGUCAGACACCUACUAUUGCUGCAUUCCAUUUAAAGAGGUUUAAGACAGAUGGGAUUUUAGUUGAAAAGAUUGACAAGUAUAUCAGUUUUCCUUUGGAGUUGGACUUGCAACCCUACACCAUUUUGAAUGAAAACAAUGAUGUAUCAUUGAAAUAUGAUCUAUAUGCAGUUGUUGUGCAUACUGGAUUUUCACCUACGUCCGGUCAUUACUUCUGCUUCAUUCGCACUGCUCCAGACACAUGGCAUAAAUUUGAUGAUUCAAAGGUUACUAAGGUAUCCGAAGAGAAUGUGCUGUCUCAGGAAGCAUACAUGCUGUUUUAUGCUCGACAGGGUACACCUUGGUUUUCAAAAUUUGUAGAAACUAGGAGUCAAGUCUUGGAACAGUGUAAUACGUCUCCCAAGUCUGUUUUAGACAUCACGGAUGGCCAGGAUAAAUCAUGUCCUACUUUAAAUAGAAAUAUGGAGAGGAGUGGCGCUGGGGAAUCCAAAGAAUUGACAGAUGGCCAGAAUAAAUCAUUUCCUAUUUUAAAUGGAAAUAUUGAGAGGAGUGGGGAUGGUGAAUCCAAAGAAUUUCCCAAGAAGUUUGAUUAUUCGGGUCGACAAAGUCGCGAGUUUCUUGAAACUGAUGAGGUUAUUUAUGCUUCACCUUGCCGUGAACAAUUUCCUGCCAGGCCAUCAAGUCAGAAAACUCUUAAUUUGAAGGGAUUGGAAGAUAUAAAUGCCCAAGUGCAACCUUUGAAUAGUACCAGCUUGCCUAAUAUUGCAAAGUCUGGUGGGAGUUCAUAUGCUGAGAAUGGUGCUCCUGAUAAAAACAAAUGCAAUCAGGAUGUUUUUGAUUUUAUAGAGAAUGACGGUUUCAAUCCUCUAACUCCUCCCAACUCGCCCCCUUAUCAGACUCCACCAGGUAAGAGUUUCCAGAUCUCACGCGAUCAUUUGAAGACUGAGAAUCAAGGGAGCUGUAAAAGAUCAUCAUCAAAUAAGUCUAAUAAGUCCAAUAAGUCAGCAGAUAGUGCUGAAACAAAAGCUGCCAUCACAUAUCUUAAGAAGAUGCGUGGUUCGAGUUCGAGGAGAUGUGCACUAAUGGAAUACCUUGAUGCUAGUCCCAGCAACAGCAAAGGCUCCUCUGAGAACAAGAGAAAAAAGACUGAUUCAUCGCAGUCUGACAAAGGUAACAACAGUGCUCGCAAGAAAUCAAGCCAUGCUUCUGUCGCCGCCUACCCUGUGGCAGCCGGAAUUUCACAGUGAAUAGUCUCUCCGACUUUAGGCAUUUGGCUGCGUACUUGAUAUUUUGUUGGCGAAAAUACCUUUAUCUGGUCUUUUUGCUUAAACUUUUCAAUUCCUCCUGCCAAAUUGUAUAGUCACUACACAGCACACCGUUGUUCCCUUUUACAUGUUAAGAACAUAGUGUGUAAUUGUAACAUGGAUGUAUUGAUACAUUAUAAAUGAUAGCAUUGGUUUAUAAA